AUGUUUAUCUUAGAAUGUCUUUGAAUCAAUGGGAGGCCAAUUCAUACGGCCAAAUCUAAGAAGCUGGAAGCCUACAGGUACUCUUUACCACUGAGGGUGGAGUAUUCUGUAGAAGAGCUGCGAAAGAUUCUUCGACUCACUGGAUGGCCGAAGAUUUUUCUCAGUGGACUGAACGAUUCGCUCUCUGGAGGACCUGGCAGGCCAUCUACUGAAAAUACUUCGAUCUCAUCUUCCUUCGAAUCUUCUGUUACAACGCAAUGUCUUUUCGAGUUUGAGUGGCUUCGAGGGAAAGGGUCGGUUUGGGGAGAAGAAAAUCCGGGAAAAGGAGAAAGAUACUGGGAUGAAGCGUUCCGGUUGGAGGUUGAGGACUUGAAGGUCGUUGAUGACUAUGGACUCCUUCUCUGUAUGGACCGAGUACCGAAGAGUCAGAUUCGGGUCCUUUCAAUCAUCCCGCAAGAGCGAGGGCCGCUCUCUGCUCGCGAGGGAUGAGAUGGAUUUUAGAAGAUGGCUUGCUCGGUCCUCAAGAGGGAAGAUCGUUUUAUUGGCCAGGAAGAGUUUUUUGUCGUCCAGUGACUUUUUUGUCUUAGAAUCUUCUCGAGUUACCUCCGCAGAAUAUCACCCUUUGUGGUCCAGAGAUACAUAUCUUACGACUUAA